AUGGGUACAUAUUCAAGUGUAGUAAACGAGGCCUACCUAGCAGCCUUGGAAGGAGACUGGAAUCGGAUGAUUCUUGCUUACCAUGGACAAAAUUAUGUUUACGUGAUGCUUCCAGUGACGGUUUCAAAAGAUACUUCAUUUCACCUGGCAGUGUAUAGCGAAAGGCGCGAGCCGCUUCAAGGUCUACUCGGUAUUGUUAACAGAAACCCAACUCUCGGGAAUCCCUUGACUAAAAAGAAUACGUAUGGAAACACAGUUCUUCAUGAAGCAGUUGUUGCUGGAAAUAUGGAAGCAGUAAAGCUCUUACUCCAGACUAUCCCUAGAGAACAGGGUGAAUUUCAUCCUUCAGAGCAACUUCAGGCUAGAAAUAUGCUUGGCGAGACCACGUUGUAUAGAGCUGCUUCAUGUGGUAACAAAGAAAUGGUGGAGUAUUUAGCUAGACUGCCGGGGCAAAUCUCCUACGGCAAGCUAUUAGAAGAUCACCGCAAGAGAGGGGAUUUGACGCCGAUUCUUCAUGCUGCCAUCCAAGGACAACACUUUGAAACUGCUCUGACGUUGCUGAAACUGGAUCCAUCACUUGGCGACAUGACCGAUGAUCAGGGCAUGACCUGUCUUCAUCUCCUCGCUGAUAUGCCUAGUGCUUUCAAGAGUGGAUAUGCAAUUCCCACAAUUUCCAUUAGGAAAUUGUUAUACUGUUGGCUUUCCGCCCCAAAGGGAGAUGGCUGCGACCAGAGCCGGAGUAAAAGAGGCUGGCCAGUGGUGGAAAGAAUCCGGAAAGAAAAGCACAAGCAUGAAUCUGCAUUGAAGCUUGCCGAGGAGCUUAUAAAAAAGAGCCAGAGCUACUGGUUGCAAUCUAUCAAUGCGGAGCCCACACUGGUUAAUAUCAAUACCCUUGAUCAAAGAGCAAGAGGAGCACAAAGUGACCGACAAGGUGGGGGAGGAAGAGAAGGAGAAGUAGAAAAUGAUGAAAAUGUUCAACCAUCGACCGAAGAAAAUAGAAGACACGAGACUCCUUCACACCCGUUGUUUGUAGCAACUAGUAAUGGAAUAGUAGAGAUUGCUCAAGAAAUACUAGAUAAAUUUCCUCAGAGUAUUGAGCUUGUUAAUCAAAUGGGGCAGAACAUAUUGCAUUUGGCUGUGAUGCAUCGACAGCGGGGGGUUUUCCGUGUUGUCAAGAACAAUAACAGACUAGUGACCAGGAUGAGCUCGACAAUCGACCAUAAUGGCUACACAUUGUUGCACCAAGUUGCACACAUGAAGCACUAUCACGGAGGAACCAAGCCCGGCCCUGCACUCGAGCUACAAGAAGAAAUAAAAUGGUUCAAGCGGGUGCUGAAGGUGCUUCCACCUUCUCUGUCCAAGAAGCGGGUGCUGAGGGUGGUUCCACCUUCUCAAGCAUUGCAAGGUGACAACGAGAAUAAAUUGACAGCACAUGAGCUCUUCCAAAUGGAGCACAAAAAACAACUCAAGUUGGCGCAAGAUUGGAGCCAGAAAACCUCUCAGUCAUGCUCAACAGUAGCCAUUCUUGUGACCACGGUUAUCUAUACUGCCGCUUACACUAUACCUGGAGGUUCUGACGUUCCAGGCUCUGCUAUCUUCCAUCACAACCGUUUCUUCUUGGCUUUCACUGCCUUGGACCUUAUCGCCAUAGUAAGCUCCCUCACCUCAGCUGUGAUGUUCCUUUCUAUACUCACCACUCCUUUUGAAUAUGAGAAAUUCCAUCAAAGUAUUCCACGGAAACUGAGCCUUGGCUUCGCUUUACUCUUCCUCACCGCUAUGACAACCAUGCUUUCUUUCGCUUGCACCCUUUUUCCAAUCAUUCGUUAUAAGAAGGAACUAACCACGGGUCUGAUUUCGAUUGCUGCUUUCCUUCCAGUGACAGUAUUUGCACUAAUGCAGUUCCCUUUAUAUGUCUCAUUUCUGAGCACUAUGAAGGACUUCUUUAAAGAAGCCAGGAAGUCUCUAAAUUGGUGUUGCAGCCCUUUUUGGUGCCAGCGUUGCAGGAAAGGGAAGACCAGAAGAAGACAAAGGGCAGUUUGA